UUCAUCAGCAGAUCUGCUCUUCUCUCUUUAAAACAAAAAUGAACAGCAACACAUUUGCCUCCAGGUGUAGACCUAAUGAAGUCUUCGGCAAUGAUGAGGUGAUGAGGAUUGUGAUAUUGGGGAAGACUGGAGCUGGGAAGAGCGCCACAGGAAACACCAUUUUGGGACAAAAGCGCUUUAAAUCUGAGCUCUCCGCAAAAUCUUUGACAGAACGCUGUGAAAAGGUUUAUUGUGAUGUGGAUGGAAAAAAGGUUGCUGUUAUCGACACUCCGGGCCUGUUUGACACCAAGAACACUGAAGAGAAAACAGUUAAAAAUAUUGUCCAGUGCAUCUCCUAUACUUGUCCUGGACCUCAUAUUUUCCUGGUCGUCAAACUGGGCACAUUUACAGAGGAAGAAAGACAGACGGUGGAGAAGAUUCAGAAAAUCUUUGGUGAGGAAGCCAACAAGUACAGCAUGGUUCUCUUUACCCAUGGUGACCAACUCAAAGAGAAAACUAUUGAGGAGUUCUUGAAGGACAGCAAAGAUCUGCAGGAACUUGUGGCCAAAUGUAACGGCCAGUACCACGUGUUCAAUAAUGAGGUGGAGGAUCAUUCUCAGGUCAGCAAGCUGCUGGAGAAGAUAAGAAAUAUAGAUGUGCAGAAUGGAGGAACCUACUACACCACCGAAAUGUUCCAAAAGGCAGAGAGAGCGAUAGAAGAGGAGAAACAACGAAUCCUGAAAGAGAGAGAAGAGCAGGACCGCAAAAAGAUGGAGAAACUGAGGAAGGAAAUAGAGGAAAAAUAUCAGCAAAAGCUCAGACAAGUGAAGGGUGACACUGAGAGGGAGAAUAAAUUUAAGGAAGAAUGGUUCAAAGAAAUCAAAGAUAAAAUGAAAAAACUGAAGGAAAAGGUAGAACAUUACGUCAGAAAGCUAGCCGAAGACAGCGAUCAGGUCAUCAAGGUCAUCAAUGCACUGAUUCCAGUUGCUUCACUUACUGCUUCACUUUGCACCUUACUAAUAUAGAAGAUAACAAUACAAACAGAUGAGCAGCAUAAACUACAAAACAAAUAAGCAGUCUCUUCAUGCAUGCCAACCCACUCUGGUACAAAAUUAAUCGAAUUAUGUGACUAAUAAGUAAACAAUGUCUUUAUAUGAAGAAAUUAAUGAAGAUCUGUUCCAAGUGUGACAAUUAAAAGUUUGACACCCAGAGGCUAUUUGAAACUAGGAUAGAUGAAGACAACAGUUAAAGAUAUUGCUCAGUGCAUUUCUUAUGCUUCUCCUGGACCCCAUACCUUCCUGGUAGUACAGCUAGUAAUAUGUGUUCAUUAAUGACUUUAAGGAUCAUUCUCAGGAAGAACUGAUGAAGGAAAGAGAGGAAAAUAUUAACUGCUGAGGGAACAGAAGGAUGACAGACAGAGAGAGAAUAAGUUGAUAAGUUAGAGGAAACAUGAGAAAAAAACUGAAGGAACACCAAGAAUUUCAAGCUAGAAGCCGAGAAGAGAAAUUCAAUAAUCCAACUGUUAAUUCAAAUGAUUUAUGUCUGUUUAUCUCUCGUUUUGCAAAUCAUCUAUCAGUUAAUAAAAAAAGAUCCAAAUACUAGAACUCACCCACCUCCACACAGCGAGAGCAAAUUAAUGUGAAAGUGACAUCUGCUGUUGUCGUGGAAAUACUCAACAACUGUUUAUCCAUAAAAUAAAGAUGUAUUCAAAGCAAAACAAGUAAAGAACAGUCGCUGAUCCUAACGUCUCACACAGGAUAGAAAAAGUUCUCUCUUGUCGUCAUUUGGUCCUGCAGGACUUUUAUACCCAGAAAAAAGGAGGGCAAAUACAAAAUAGUGAGAGAAUUUAAUAUGUUCAAUAUGUGCACAAAUACAGACACCAAAUGUGAUGAAGAACACAGAGAAGGUUUGGAUCAGCAGCUACUCUGAUUGUUUUUACAUUUUUAUA